AAUAAUUGUACUGUUUGGUGAGCAAUCAGCUAGUGAUUACAUUCUAUGUGAACAAUACUUCGAAAAUUAUAACACGACCUACACUGCACGCGCGCGAAAGAAUUCAGCGAAAGGAGUCCUCAAAAUAUCGUGGCACAAAUUGCAAGACAAGCGAAUCAAUUAUCAUCGCGAAACUUAGAAACCUACAAACAAUAACCGUGAAGCAGAUUAUCGCAUUCAUGCGACACUAUUUGCGGCGCUUCGGACGGGGUGGUAGACACAGCGAAUAGUAAAAUUAUUCGCGUUCGCGUCAAGUGCAACAAUUAUUUAUGGCCGGUGGAAAGUAGAAACUAUGUGGCUCUUGAUUUUGUGACCGUGUCCUUUUGACGGGAAAACUUUAUGAAAACUUCAAUACGAAUAAAUUUGCAUUAUUAUGAAAACUGCCGCUGCUCAAUGUUUCGUGCAAAUUGCAAUGACCUUUCACAUCAACUAGUGCUUGCGGAUAGUGGCGAGAGUUUUUACUAUAGGACCCAGUGUAUUUAUAUUUCAGCGUUACCUUUCUGAGUAACAAUACAAUAAAAGAGGGGAAAAACAAGGCACAAGUCGAGCCUAGUGAUAUUUUAUGAAACAGCAACAAAAACACAGUGUAGAAGGAUGCCGACAUGUCCAGCGUCUGUGGCGGCACCUAAAAAAUGUAUUCCGCCAAAUCUAGGGAAAGCAGAUUUGAGUCAACUAUUGGAGCCAAAUUUCCCCGAUCGCUGUAUGAAAUGGGAGCGAAAUGGGACCAAUCAGCCACAACCACGUGGUGUAUACACUUGGAUAAGUGCCCCACGAGCUAUCUACAACAAUCGGAAGCUUAUACGAAAUGGAGGAGAAUCACAGCAAGCAUCCUACCAGAACUUGAUGCACGAUCGGCGAAUCGUGAGAGGCAGCAAUUUCACUUCCAGUGGAGUUCAAGCGGGCGACGGCGACAACAUUUACAAGGAAGUCGAAGCACGUCGAAGACAAAUCCUAAGAAAGAAACAUGUGGCACGAAAUCAGCGUGGAAUUAUCGGAACACCUCCUGCCGUUCGUGGUCGCAAGCACGAGAAUGUACAAACGGAAAAAUACCUCGAAGAACUCUUCGUUCGUCCUCAGGAGAUGGACGCUGGCUGCCAGACAGACUUGUUCCUCCAUAGACCUCCAUCUCCAGCGUAUGUGCCCCAGAAGGUGGGAAGGGAUGUUGCAACCGAAAUCCUCGAGGGAGAGCUGUUCGAUUUUGACACUGAAGUUGUACCAAUUGUGGAAGUUCUCGUUGGUCGUACCAUUGAACAGGCAUUGAUCGAAGUUCUCCAUGAAGAGGAAAUUGCGGAAAUGAAACGCCAACAGCAGCAAAUCAUGGCUAUUAGAGAGGCUGAGCUGGCUGAGCUCCGACGUCUAGAACUAGAGGACCGCAAACUACAAACCGAAAGGGAACACAGAAUACUACAAGACAAGAUUGCGCAAGAUCUGGACAAAGAAAUGCAAGAACGCAUCACUGCUUCUAAACUGCUACGGGGAAGAAUCGAUGAUCUACUACCAGAUGUCGUCAAUGCCGUAGAGAAUAUCAAAGAUGAGAAAGAUCUUGUAGAGUUUGAAAAACAAAUUGCCCCAUGGCUGGCCAAGGAGGUUGCCCAAGAAAUCGGACAAAUGAUUGAUUCUAAGGAAUUGCUUGAAGACAUUAUUCGGGAAGUGCUCAUUCAGAAGAAAACAAAACUGUUUGGUGAAACCAUUCAAAAUAACAUGAAUGGUACGCAGGAUGAAGUUCGCUCAGUAAACAAUUCACAAGACAAUGCACUAGAAGUCGACCCAAGCACAGAAUAUGACGAAGGUGUCCCUGAAGAACAAGAAUUGUAAUAUGACGAAUAAAAAGGGGAUGUUGAAGAUUUGUGAUACGUUUGAUCAAUUCAAAAUUGUCAAUGCACAAAAUUGCAAUAUUUAAACAGAAGCAGUAAAAACAAAAUUAUUCGCAUAUAAUGAGUCAAUGAUUGACAUAAUUUUGUGCAAAUAGCAAUUUGAAACUAUUUUUACAGUAGACUGUAGAUGAUUUUGAAACACACUUGUAAUAUAUCAAGAAAUUUUGUUUGUUAGAUUUCUUGUUACUCAA